CCAGGUUCAUCGACCGUGAACGAAGUGGACCUGAUGAGAAUUAGGCUUUGUCUCUAAUGACCCCCGAGUAUCUGUCCUCCUUGGUACGUCAUGACAGGCACAAACGUCAUUAAUUUCAAGCAUCAGGUCCUCGCAAAUAGCGUGCAUGACGAAUACCUUGCCUGAUCCUUGAUCUACGCUUCCUCUUUCGCAUGUCUUCCCCUCCUUCUGGCUCUAUCGGUCAGUCCGAUGUCGCGCGCCUGAAUUCAACGUGCCCAUCUCACAGACUUACCGCUUAACGGUCUUUUUUUUUUAUCUCGGCUACACGCCAGUGCGAAUCCCUCCUAUCUACCGCCCGGAUACCAUGACGGUCUCCUGACAUGUCAUGGCUGCCGAAAUAGGCUGACGGCUUGCCAUGGCUAACUUGCAGAAAUACCUGGGAUGCGGCUGAAUUCCUCUUUCAUCAUCCCCUCACCGAAAACUUUCAACCUAUCUAUCCUUCGAUCCUCAUCAUGACAAGCUAUGGAAUGCCAUACCUCUUGGAGGACAAGACGGGCAAGCUGUCAGGAUCGCACUUCGUGGACAUCAAUGAUCGUUUGCGCUUGACGCUUCGAUGCACCUCUCGGGGAUCUACGCACGCAACAUAUAUAAUUUACAACGCGGCAACAGGAACAGAUCCAGUCGUGACCCUAAACUUCGGCUCCAACAACUCCCUCGGAACAAUAACUUUUGGGUCUGGUUCUCAGGUACCCAUGAGCAGCUUCCUUGAACCAUCUUUCAAUGGGAGUGCAAAGACGAGGAAGUUCAUUGGGUCUGAUGGCCAGCAGUACAAAUGGAGCUGGCGAGCCACACAGAGCGAGGAGUGGACGUGUACAAACGCAAGUAACCAUCAAGUCGCGUCGUAUUCGUUGAAAGUACCCGGAGAGCCAGAAUACGAUCACUCCUCUGGAUGCGUGCUUACUAUUGAAGAGGCCUAUCCGCACCUCGCAGCCGAGAUGUUGGCCUCCCUGACAAUAAUGAGACAUAUAGUCGCCCAUAACCUUUGAUGUUUUUUGAUGAUCAACACCUGUAAUUUUGGAGCUGUACUACUACAUUCGUAUAUUAUUCUUGUAUAACUGUAGCAUAUCAUCUUGAUUUAUGUAUAUCUGAUACGUACCAUAGUUGUUGUACCAUAUUCUUGAGAGGGGAAUGAAACAAGUCGUCUUGGAA